AUGUCUCACGUACAAAACAGAAAAAUGAAAAAUGGAUCAUUACCAACCAGCAGUCAUAAAAAUCUGAGUCAAAAUAAUGAAGAAUACCGGCCAUCCGCCUUGCAGUUGAAAUGGAAACGAGAGUACUACGAGCACCAAAAUCGACUUCUUCAAUUCUACGAGCAAGACGAGAAGCUGAAUGAGCCUAUUGUGCAAGAGGAAGCUGAUCAGGAGGACCAACGAUUGUUGAAUUAUUGCCUUGCUCUCACAAUAUUUUCCUUAUUUGGUAAUCUGCUAGCAUCUAUUUUAUCCGGAUCACUUUCAAUUCUAAGGUGAUU